AUGCCGCCCCCACUUCCCCACUUCGAUCUGUGCCAGGCCAGCACAGCAUCGCCAGUUCUAAACCGUGCAGCAGCCCAGGCCGAAGCAAAGGCUGCAUUCUUGGAAGCUGCAGCCAAGCGGGGAAGCGGCUUCGCAGAGGUGUACAACGAGCUGCUGAGUUGUGCUUUGCAGGUAUGGGAGGCUCGGGCAACAGCGGCCACUUUGGAAAAGGAGCGCAACAAGGCUUCAACGGAAGCACGCGAACUUCGAGCUUGCAAUGCUCGUUUGGAGGAGGCUGUCUCCUCGUUGCAGGACCGCAACAAGGAGCUCUGGCAGAAAGACUUCCUUGGGUCUGCCCUUCGGCCUGACACGAGCCACGCGACUGCUGCCAGCGGGGCCCUAGGCCGACAAGUCUGGGCAGCACCUUUGAGUCCACCGCCGCGCUUUCGGAGCCCUUGUUCGACGGCUCCAGGCAAUGUGCCGGGAAGGUGGUCUGCGGUGCCGUCGUUCUCAUCAUCCUCAGAUCUGUUUGCUUCCGCGCGUGAAUCUGCUCUGAAGUCACCCAGGAUCCAAGCAUCGUCCGGCCAGGUUUACGCCUAUGCAGCUCCUGUGGCAUCUUGCCCGAUGCAACAGGGGCUGGACCCUGCGCGGCUUCCUCCACAGGAUCAGCAGACGCAGGCGUUUCAACAGGGCUGGCGCCUAUUUCACCAACUAGGCAAAGAUGCAGAGGCUGGCUCCCUGGAUGCUUCUGCCAGGCAACGGGCAUCUACACUAAUGUUGCAAACGAAGAAGGGGAUGCCAAGCGAGUUUCGCGAGAACCCUGCUGUUUGCGCAGUGUGGCGAGAGGCUUUGUUGGCAGGUGCCAACUCGGAGUUGCUUUCUGCUCAGUCGUUCAGCAGCAUCGCAACUGAUUUGCAGGUCACGGAGACUGGUGAUUUGAGCUUGUGCAGCAGUGGGAGCUGA